CGCUAAACUGCUAAUUACAACACACCUAUUUAGUAAGUAGGUAUCUGAACGCGUCAAACGCGACCACUUACUACAAGAUAUAUUGACUCUUAUUGCGAUGACUGAACGGAGAUACAGUGACAUAAACAUAGAAGACUUUACAAAACCACUAAAUCAGAUGUCUCAGGAAAAACAAGAUGCGAUGAAAUCUGUCGAGCAACAGCUCGCGGAAGUUCCUCCAGUUUGUCUGAACCUGGAAGGGGCUCGAAUUGUGGAGGGAACGUCUCCAGACAACAGAGACAUCAUGCUUCCAAAUAAUAAGUCUCAUGUUGCUCACAUUGCAGUCGAUAUUGGCGGCUCCCUAGCUAAAGUUAUGUACUAUGUCCGCAUCUCCAGCUCUCCCUCAUCAUCGUCGAGCGAUAUCUCUUCGCCGGCUGUCGUUAACAUGGUCGGUGGCCGGUUGUGUUUUGUCAAAUUCGAGACGGCUAAGAUUGAUGAGUGUAUCAAGUUUAUGGCGAACUUGAUCAACUUGGAAAGGCAGUUCAGGCCUCACGCGUGCAACGCUCGCAUUACUGUCAUUGCUACGGGUGGCGGUGCAUACAAGUUUUAUGAACAAAUGCGGAGGGAGCUCAAGGUCGACAUUGUGCGCGAAGAUGAAAUGGAGUGCCUCAUUGCAGGAUUAAACUUCUUUAUCAACUCGAUUCCCCGUGAGGUAUUUACACUCGACUUGAGCACUUGCAAAUUGUCGUUCCAGGAAGAUCCCAGCCGAGGAAAAUACCCACAUAUGCUCGUUAACAUUGGCUCUGGUGUUAGCAUACUUAAGGUGAACGGACCUUCUGACUUUGAGCGUGUCGGCGGUUCUUCGCUAGGUGGAGGUACUCUUUGGGGUCUAUUAUCACUUCUUACUCCUGCAAAGUCCUACGAUGAGAUGCUCGAGUUGUCGAAAGAAGGCGACAAUUCGUCAGUCGAUAUGCUUGUGAGUGACAUCUACGGUGCCAAUCUCGGCUACGAGCGCUUUGGCUUAAAGAAUAACAUGAUUGCAAGUUCUUUUGGCAAAGUUUUCCGUGAACAUAAAGACUUGGAGGAGUUUCACCCCGGAGACAUUGCAAAAUCACUUUUGUUUGCGGUGAGCAACAACAUCGGCCAAAUCGCUUACUUGCAUGCUCAAAGGCAUAAUGUUGAAAACAUUUAUUUUGGAGGAAGUUUUAUUCGUAACCAUGUGCAGACUAUGCAGACACUCACUUAUGCCAUCAAGUUUUGGUCAAAGAAUACGAUGAACGCAUACUUCCUAAGACAUGAAGGCUAUUUGGGUGUUGUUGGCGCAUUUUUGAAAUACUCAUGGCCUUGCACCUACGACGGCUUCCUUCCAUCGAUACCCGGUGUGCCUGUGGAAAAAAAGAAUUAGCAACAUUUUACCACUUUUGUUAGCAGGUUUCAUCACAUACCCCAUUCUUGGCUUUAACAGGUGUUUUAGAGUUUUUUUCAUGAUCCACUAUUACUAAAUAAACGAAGAUGACAUUGCUGGACGUUGAAACGUUUUGUCCUAAACAACGUCUACGAUUCCCCCCUUCUUUACCUGGCAUCUUAACCUUAAAAGUGGAAUUCUUCGUGGACGGGACAAUAUACGGCAGCACAUUGCUCAGGAUUCGUGUGGCAGGUAAUUCUGCUCGUGUAAAAGUAACUGUUCUUUUUGUUAAUUAUCCGCUUGUUUGCUUAAAUGUUCUCAGUUGACGGAAUAUAAUACAUUACCAAAAAAUGAAUAAUAAUAUAAAGCUUGAUGAACAGUCUCUUGUUACAAUAUGAAUUUUAGCGGAGCGAUUUGAAUUAUAGACGGACAUGCUCUUUAUGCGCUCCUCAGGUAUCUAUGGUUGUACAACAUAUUUAUUUCCUAGUUAUCCCAACUUAAAUAGUUAAAUUUCAGAGUGAGAUAGCGAAGGCGCACCAGCUGUUUACACGAUAACGCUAUGGUGAUGAAUGGUCCAACUGUUGAAGAAGGGAAGAAAAUGGAACAAGUAACGAAAGAAUGUGUUUGGUUUGCACUAUAUGCUUCAUUAAGACUCAUAGAAAAUGGAGCGUGAUGUGAAGAGCUUUUCCCUCGUAACGUGAGCAAAACAUACAAAGUAAUUUAGGGAAUGAAUGCCACGCUGCCAAAGCAGGAGGGAACGCUGCUUUUUUUUAAAAGAAAAAAUUCGUUAAUUGGAAUUAAAAAGUAAUCGUUCACAACAGUCAGCCAUUAAGUUCGUGAAAGGCAUACUUAGGGAAUAGCGAAGAACGAGUGGUUUUAUUUUCUCGACUAACGGCAAGCCUGACAAAUGGCGUCUACAGUUAGCUUUCCCUGUGAAAUAAGGUAUUCUUUCAGGUCUUCAAACAAUUCUAGUUGCUCGGCACUCGUGAGACUCGUAACGGCGAUUUCCAGCAAUUCAGUAACGUUGCCACGUUUCUCUGAGAUGAACGAUUGAACAUACAUAUAGACAAACGCUCCGUUCAACAACUGACAAUCCACACGAUCAGUUAAGCCACCAUGACCCGGGAUGGAGUCGCCGAAGUCCUUUAACUUGAAAGCACGCUUCAACCCACUAGCAAAGAAGCCGCCAAAGGGGGCCACAAGACUUGCGAAAGUGGCAAACACGGCUAAAUGGAAAUAGAUGGGAGCCAAUGUUAAUGUACGAGGGAAUCUGAACAGACGACUCAUGAUCAGAGGAACAUUGUACGUUUUGGGCAAGAAAACGCUGUUAGGAACACACUCAAUGUUGCUGAAAAUGGUAGCAGACAAAUCACGAGUAGGGCAAAUGAAAUAGUUGGAACGCAUGAGCAUGAAUGAGAGCAGCGAACCCACCACAACCGUGCAAACCCAUCCUCCAACAAAACCUUCAACAGUCUUCUUUGGAGAAAGCUGGAUAAGGGGAUGUUUGCCGAAUACCUUUCCGCAAAGGUAUGCAAAAACGUCGUUACAAACAACGUAGCAAACAGGAACAAAAAACCAGAAAAGGCCUUCAAAGAUGUUAUUAAUCAUGAAAUGUGCCUGUCCAACAACGAGUAAAAGAGUCAUAUGGGUCCAACAGAACUGAGAGAAUUGGAAUUUGUAGUUACCCUUCUUCAGCGAAGCGACAAAGAGCACAAAACCUUAGACGUGUUAGCAGCAGCCGUUUCAUAAACUUUUCCAAACAUACUGAUAGUGUAUAACAUAAAAGAAAUAAAACGAUGGUGAGUAGCCAACGGCAUCAAAUAAGAAUCUACAAUUAACAAAUGAUGAAAGUAUCUCAAGA